CCACCACCAUCCCGGCUCCCUCUUCACCUCCUGGCUCUCCCCGCUUAGGGCUAAGCUGUCCCGAGGAGGCUGCGCUGCUGCUGAGCCGGCAGAGCGCUCCGGCUUGUGGCUGGCUCCUCUGUUCCAUCCAUCCAUCCAUCCAUCCAUCCAUCCAUCCAUCCAUCCAUCCAUCCAUCCAUCCAUCCAGCCAGCCAGCCAUCCUCUCCUGCUGGAGGCUAGCGGAGCAUGCCCGAUGCGAUACCGUGUCAGUUCGGGUCCUCGCCUAUAGCUGCCUGUUUUACAAAGCUCCGAUCCGUGCGUGUGCGUGUGUAUGUGUGUGUGUGCAUUUCAUCCCUCCCUCCUAUCCCUCCCUCCCUCCCUCUCUCUCUCUCUCUCUCUCUCACUCUAAUGUGUGAUCUGGAAAGCUUAUAAAAGCCUGAUGUAAUCCUUAAUGCAGCCCCUGGCUACAAAGACUGGAUCUAGUUUCAGAGAGAGAGAGAUUCAGAAGCAGAAUUUAAAAUAAAUAAAUAAAUAAAUUUUAGAGGAAAAAAAAAGUGUGGGGGGAGAAGAGAGAGAAAGAAGGAAAAGCAGACGAGUGGAUUUUAAACAAACAUAUCUUCCUGAAGAAGACCAUUCUUGCUCCUCGCUGCUGGGAAAGCUACUCUGAACCCUGCUGUAUAUUUUUUUUUUCCAAAGGAGAAGACUUGAUUGUCUGCUUGGAUCUAAUGAUUUACUGGCUUUUAACUGCGUUUUUCCCCUCUCCUAAGGAUUCCUCAAAAAACGGCUUAAUUAUUUUCAGCUUUUCUCUUCUACCUGCCUGUCUGCAGAGACACCAAAGGUUCUCCCUUCCUCUCCCUCCCCACCCCCAUUUCUUUUAGGAUUUUUCCCCCUUUUCCAUUUAAUAUAUACACACAUAUAUAUUUAUAUAUAUAAAUGUGUAUGUAUAUAUAUAUGUAGAGGCAAGAGUGGAGGAAGCAGAGGGGGAGAGAGAGAGCUCUGCCAUCCUUUUGGACUUCACGCGCUGCCCAAUGUUGGGCUGGUUACCCCUGGAUAUGUUGCUGGUUUCCAUUUGGAAUUUGACGAAGGGAAGGAGGAGGAUAUAAAACCUGGGGAGCUCGACAAGGUGUUGUUUAUGGCCACAGGAGGGAGCUCAAAUCCAGACAUGGGAGGAUCGGCUUGAUUUCGGAUCCAGAGCCUCUUAAACUCUGCUUUUCCUCUAAGCUGGUCCCUGUUAUGUCCAGGAUCUGGCACCUGCUUGACAUUUACUUUGAGUUCCAGAGGACCCGAGACCUAGGAUGAGGAGCAUUGGAUCCGCCCUGAACCUGCUUUUGGUAUCUCCACUCUACUUUGUGUGGACCGUGGUCGCUCUGGACCUGGCACAAACUCCCUGCACCACUUUGGUCCAAGGGAAAUUCUUUGGGUAUUUCUCCUCCUUCGCCGUCUUCCCGUUGAACUCCUCCCUGUGCUCUUGGAUUAUCCAGAACCCCGACCCUCGCAGGUACACUUUGUACAUGAAGAUCCUCAAGCCCUCCGGCGUAUGUGACCACCAGCACAUCCGCACCUACCAGUUCGACUCCUUCCUGGAGUCCACCCGCACCUACCUGGGCAUGGAGAGCUUCGACGAUGUCCUGAAGCUCUGCGACGGCUCCACCCGCUUUGCCUUCCUCCAGUCCAACAAACAAUUCCUGCAGAUGAAGCAGACGGCCCCGCCGGGCGUGGACACCUGGCCCAUGAGGUGGAAGCCCACCAAGGCUCAGGAGAGGGACUUCUCCGUGGAGUACCUGGUGGUGGGCAACAGGAACCCCAGCAAAGCCGCCUGCCAGAUGCUCUGCAAGUGGCUGGACGCCUGCCUGGCCAUCAGCAGCAGCUCCCACCCGUGUGGCAUCAUGCAGACCCCGUGCUCCUGCUCGGGAGGGGAGGUCCUGGAUCAGGCCAGUGAGAUCCUGGGCUUCACCAGGAAGAAGGAGGAUUGCUACAAGGAUGGGAUUUACCUGGAGAACUGCGUGAGCAGCCCCAAGGACAGCAACGGAGCUGAGUUCCUGGGUGGUUGGAACUCCUGGUCGGCUUGGGGCGACUGCACCAAGGACUGCGGGGGCGGCCUGCAGACCCGCAUGCGCUCCUGCAAGCCCCUUCCCAACGAGGGCCUGGCCUGCGAGGGAGUGCUGGAGGAAGGACGGCUGUGCAAUAGGAAGGCUUGCAAUACCAAUGGACGCUAUAAUUCCAGAAGCCAAUCGCUGAGGUCCACAGAUAACAGAAAGCGAGAGGACCCUGACGAACUGCAGCACUACGGGUACCCUGCACCUCAAAUAGGUGACCCUGCAGCAGAGGAGUGGUCCCCGUGGAGCGUGUGCUCGACCACCUGCGGGGAGGGCUGGCAGACCAGGACCAGGUUCUGCGUUUCGUCUUCCUACAGCACCCAGUGCAGCGGCCCUCUCCGGGAGCAGAGACAGUGCAACAACUCUGCCGUGUGCCCAGUGCAUGGCACCUGGGAUGAGUGGUCUCCAUGGAGCCUGUGCUCUUCCACCUGUGGGAGAGGCUACAGGGACCGGACUCGCACCUGCAAACCACCCCAGUUCGGUGGGAACCCCUGCGAGGGCCCGGAGAAGCAAACCAAGUUCUGCAACAUCGCUCUCUGCCCAGGCCACUCAGUGGACGGCAACUGGAACGAAUGGUCAAGCUGGAGCUCGUGCUCCGCUUCCUGCUCCAACGGGACCCAGCAGCGGACGCGGGAGUGCAACGGGCCCUCCUACGGCGGAGCCGAGUGCCAGGGACACUGGGUGGAGACCCGCGACUGCUUCCUGCGCCAGUGCCCAGUGGAUGGGAAGUGGCAGGCCUGGGGAGUGUGGGGCAGCUGCACUGCCACGUGUGGAGGUGGCACUCAGAGACGUGACCGGGUGUGCUACGGCCCCUUCUUCGGUGGGGAGACUUGCCAGGGCCCCAAGGAGGAGUACAAGCAGUGCAAUGACAGAAAAUGUCCUGAGCCCCAUGAAAUCUGUGAUGAGGAGAGUCUUGGCCCCGUGGUUUGGAAGGAGACGCCAGCCGGGGAUGCUGCCGCCGUCCGGUGUCCCCGCAAUGCCACUGGGCUGAUCCUUCGAAGAUGCAUCUUAGAUGAAGAAGGCAUCGCUUACUGGGAGCCUCCAACGUACAUCAAGUGUGUUUCUAUUGAUUACAGGAACAUACAAAUGAUGACCAGGGAACACCUUGCCAAAGCUCAGCGUGGGCUGAUGGGAGAUGGGCUGUCAGAUGUGCUCCAGAACCUUGUGGAAAUCUCCCAGGAUGGGACCAGCUACAGUGGGGACCUGCUGUCCACCAUGGAUGUACUCAGGAACAUGACAGAGAUCUUCCGUAGGGCUUACCACAGCCCGACUUCUGGGGAUGUGCAGAACUUCGUCCAGAUCAUCAGCAACAUUUUGUCAGAGGAAAACCGGGAAAAAUGGGAGGAAGCUCAGCUGAUAGGGCCAAAUGCCAAGGAGCUGUUCAGGCUCGUGGAGGAUUUCAUUGAUGUCAUCGGCUUCCGCAUGAAAGAUUUCCGGGAUUCCUACCAAGUCACGGACAAUCUGGUCCUUGGUAUCCACAAACUGCCUGCAAAUGCAGCAACUGACAUCACUUUCCCCAUGAAAGGCUGGAGGGGAAUGGUGGACUGGGCCAAGAACUCGGAGGACAAGGUCACUGUCUCCAAGAGCAUCCUGUCUUCAGGGCUCUCAGUGUCGGACGACUCCUCUGUCUUCGUGGUCGGGACCGUGCUCUACCGGAACGUGGGCAACAUCCUCUCCCUGCAGAGGAACAGCACCGUUCUGAACUCCAAAGUCAUCUCUGUGACUGUGAAGCCAUUCCCUCGGUCUCUCCUCACCCCUCUGGAAAUCGAAUUCUCCCACCUGUACAACGGAACCACCAACCAGACCUGCAUCCUGUGGGAUGAAAAUGAUGGCAGAGCCUCCGCCUCCGCCUCUCCGCCCGGCGCCUGGUCCUGGCGCGGCUGCCGAACGGUCCCGCUCGACGCCUCCCGGACCAAGUGCCUGUGUGACCGGCUCUCCGCCUUCGCCAUCUUAGCCCAGCUCAGCCCCGACAUGAACAUGGAAAAGGUGCUGGUCCCUUCUGUCACGUUAAUUGUAGGCUGUGGAGUAUCCUCGCUGACACUUUUGCUGUUGAUUAUCAUUUAUGUCUCUGUUUGGAGAACUCAGGUUUUUCCGUGCCUGGGGUAUCAUUGGAUGUGCUCAAGUCCUUGUCCUCUCCUGCUUUUCCUCAGGCUGGGCGGCACUGAGCAGCGCCGGUACAUCCGCUCGGAGCGCUCCGUCAUCCUCAUCAACUUCUGCCUCUCCAUCAUCUCCUCCAACGCCCUCAUCCUCAUCGGGCAGACCCAGACCCGGAAUAAGGUGAUCUGCACGCUGGUGGCGGCUUUCUUGCACUUCUUCUUCCUCUCCUCUUUCUGCUGGGUGCUGACCGAGGCCUGGCAGUCCUACAUGGCCGUGACGGGCCGGUUACGGAACCGCAUCAUCCGCAAGCGCUUCUUGUGUCUCGGAUGGGGGCUCCCUGCAUUGGUGGUUGCCAUUUCUGUGGGAUUUACUAAAGCCAAGGGAUACGGCACCGUGAACUACUGCUGGCUGUCAUUAGAGGGAGGACUCCUCUAUGCCUUCGUGGGACCGGCGGCUGCUGUCGUUUUGGUGAACAUGGUUAUUGGCAUUCUGGUUUUUAACAAACUUGUAUCCAAAGAUGGAAUAACAGAUAAGAAACUGAAGGAACGGGCAGGUCAGAUGGCAGUGCCCCUUUACGGCAUGACGCUCAAAUGUUCCAAGUGUGGAGUAGUUUCUUCUGCUGAAGUUUCGGCCACAGCCACCAGUAACGCCAUGGCAUCCCUCUGGAGCUCCUGCGUGGUGCUGCCCCUGCUGGCUCUCACCUGGAUGUCUGCAGUCCUGGCCAUCACUGACCGGCGCUCAGCGCUUUUCCAGAUCCUUUUCGCCGUCUUCGACUCCUUGGAGGGAUUUGUCAUUGUCAUGGUCCACUGCAUCCUCAGGCGGGAGGUCCAGGAUGCUGUGAAGUGCCGGGUUGUGGAUCGUCAGGAGGAAGGGAAUGGAGACUCAGGGGGGUCCUUUCAGAACGGACACGCUCAGCUCAUGACCGAUUUCGAGAAGGACGUGGACAUGGCUUGUAGAUCAGGUGAGCACAUCACAGUGCUCAACAAAGACAUCACCACGUGCAGAACCUCGACCAUCACGGGGACCCUGAAGCGCCCGUCGCUGCCCGACGAGGAGAAACUGAAACUCAACCACCAGAAAGGCUCAUCCAACUUCAACAGUCUUCCAGCCAACGUCUCCAAGAUGCACCUUCAGGGCUCCCCACACUACCUGGGGGCCAUCAACCUGAACGAGUUCAGCAACCACUCCCUCACCCUGAAGAAGGACAAGAACCAGCCGCCAAAAUCCAUCUACAUCUGCGACGGGGACAUCUUCAAGAAGUUGGACUCAGAGCUCUCGCGGGCGCAGGAGCAGACCCUGGACACCAGCUACGUGAUCCUGCCCACCAACACGUCCACCUUGAGGGCCAAACCCAAAGAUGAGAGCAAAUACAGCAUCAACAUUGACCAGAUGCCUCAGACACGGCUCAUCCACCUCAGCAUGGCCACCGACCCCGGCUUCGUGGUCAAGAGUCCCCCGCGGGAGCCGGUGACCAUGGCGUGCAGCGAGGUGCAGGGUUCCUCCAUGAUCCAGCAGCAGCAGCAGCUGGCUCCACAGAACGUCUCCAACGAGUCACAGAUUCCCAACAGCCUGUGUGACACGGGUGACUCAGGGAACUCGGGUGUGGUGUCCAAGAGCGAGACCGUCUCCACCCUCUCCAUGAGCUCCUUGGAGAGGCGGAAAUCCCGGUAUGCAGAGUUAGAUUUUGAGAAAAUCAUGCACACAAGGAAACGUCACCAAGACAUGUUCCAGGACCUGAACAGAAAACUCCAGCACGCAGAGAAGGAGAAGGAGUCUCCAACAAUAGACAGCAAGCAAGAAAAACAGCAGACACCAAACAAGAGACCCUGGGAAGGCAUCAGGAAAGUCCAGUCCCCGCCAGCAUGGGUUAAAAAGGACAUCGAACCUGUGGCACAGUCUCCCCUAGAACUAAAAACUGUAGAGUGGGAGAAAACAGGGGCCACCAUCCCAUUGGUGGGACAAGACAUUAUUGACCUUCAGACAGAGGUCUGAGCAGCAAGGGAAGAAAAAGGACUUUUUUUUUUCCGGAAAACAAAACGAAACAAACAAAACAAAACCACGUUUUAAAGAAAUGAUUAAAUUAAAUCGGAACCGAGGGAGAGAAGUGUUUGGUUUCUUUUGAAACCUUUGGUAAGAUGGAGUAACUUUUGUAUUGUUCUCAGCAGAGAGGGGGGAAUAUUACUUUAUAGAGUAUAGUAGCUGUAGGUUCAGGACAACACGAGCUUUCCCAGGCAGGACUGGAGGAGUGAGCCUGGAAGAGAGCGAGGAGGAAGAGGAGGAGGAGGAGGGUGGGGAGGGGCUGCAGGGGACAAACCCUGCCAAGAUGCUCUAGGGUCACUGCAGCACACCAGGAGCCCUCCUGCUCUGCCACAGGGAGGUGUGGAAGGAUGCCCAGCAGCCACCAGAAGAUCAGGGUUGUUUGGGGACACUGAGAGGGGACACCUGCGGGAGCCUCGCUGGGAUGUGGCCUGGUUGGGGUAGACCCAUCCUGGAGGGACAUCGCUGGCUCUCCCUCCUCUCCCUCGCAGCUCAUCCAAGAAGGAAGGAGAUGGGACAUGCCAAGAAGUGGCCACAAGGACAUUGCCACUGCUGGGUGCCACGCCACGACCUGGCAUUGGCGCACGGUCACAGCGGGUCCCCGCAGAGGGGGACGUGGUGGCGUCACCCACGGUUGGAAAGGUGGAAAAAGGAGAGGUGGAGAUUCCUCCUCUCAUCCCUCCCUGGUGGAGGAAAGGACCAGCUCCAAAUCUCCAAAUCCUGCUCGCCCCAUCUCCAGGGAGAGGGUGGAAGGUGGUAGACAACAAGACCAACAAGAAGAAUGUAGGUCAUGUCAUUGACUGUUAAAUAGAUAAACUCAGCACGGGCCUUGCAAAGGUCCUCUUGGCCUCAUCCUUUUUUUUUUUUCUUUUUUUUUUUUGUUCUGUUAUUUGUCCUUGCUUUCGGACUCAAAUUUAUCCCAAGCUGCCCCUCCCUGGAAGGCAGAGAGAGAAAAAAGGAAAGACAGAUCUGCCGCUGUACCUGGAGAUAUUGGUAAACAGAGACGUUGCCUUAGGACAUUGAGACAAACUGACAACACGAAUAACGUCCACUUGGAAACAAACAGACAAAAAAAACAAACAAAAUAAUCUAUUUUUUUCCUUCUUCUUUUCUUUUCUUCAAUAAAAAGAGAACUUGAAACCCGA